AGCUGUAUUUCUGCUCUUGGUGAUCAAAGUGUGUGUGUAUGUGGGUUGGGGUUUUGGAAGUUUUCGUACUGUGUGUCAAAACCGCUUUUGGAUCUCAUUUUGAUCACGGAACGCAUCCCAGUCAAGUCAGAGCAUGCUGCGAUGUGUUGUGCACUCAGCCAGGAAUCUUCCCAAUGUGGAAAAGAAAGACAGACACAGUGACCCAGUCGUGACUCUGAGCUUCAAAGGUGUGAAGAAGAAGACCAAGGUUAUUAAGAACAAUUUAAACCCGGUCUGGAAUGAGGGUUUUGAAUGGGAUUUGAAAGGAACGCCGCUGGACGCAAGUUCAGAGAUCCAAAUCGUGGUGAAAGACCAUGAAACGAUGGGGAGGAACAGGUUUCUGGGGGAGGUGCGAGCCCCCCUCAGAGAUGUCCUCAGCACCCCGAACCUCAUGGCCAACUACAGUCUGGCUUUACUGGACACAAAGAAACAGAACUCUGGGGCCAUCAUAGUUCUGCAGGCUUCAUACAUACCUCCUCCGGGAGCUGCACCCCUGUUCCCACCGACACCAGCUCAACCUGAGGUGACAACGGCGGAAGUGUUGGGGGACACUGAUGAACCCACCGAUACUGCCGGUGAGGGAGAGGAGGACACCGAAGAUCUUUUGGUCACAGGCGAUGAAGGGGAGUCCAUGCCGGGUGUACCAGGGACAGAGCCUCCAGCGAUGCCAAAGAAACCACCAACCACCAUGAUCCAUGGCAUCAGGAAAAGAAAGCGCCCAGCCAAGGUUCUGCUACCGAACAAGCCACAGGACUUCCAGGUCAGAGUGUGUGUGGUUGAAGCACGUCAACUCCCAGGUAUCAAUAUCAGACCGGUUGUUAAAGUUAUAGUCGCUGGUCAAACCAAGACAACACGCAUUCGCAAAGGCAAUAAUCCAGUCUUCGAUGAGACAUUUUUCUUCAACUUCUACGAGACACCUGCUGAUCUCUUUGAUGAGCCGAUAUUCAUCAUGGCCUACAACUCACAUUCACUGCGCAUGGACUCUGUAAUCGGAGAGUUCAAGCUGGACAUUGGAGCAGUUUAUUCAGAACCAAAACAUGCCUUUCUCAGGAAGUGGCUCCUCCUCUCUGACCCUGAUGACCUGGCUGCGGGGGCCAAAGGUUACCUGAAGGUCAAUCUCAUCGUGCUGGGACCUGGUGAUGAAGCUCCCAUGGAGAAGAAAGAUAGUGCUGAAGACAAAGAAGACAUUGAGGGGAACUUGCUGCGACCCAGUGGAGUGUCUCUGAGAGGAGCCUAUUUCAUGUUGAAGAUUUACCGGGCAGAGGAUCUACCCCAGAUGGACGAUGCUGUCCUCGAUAGCGUGAAGCAGUUCUUUGGGUUCGACAGCAGCAAGAAAAAUCUCGUUGAUCCUUUUGUGGAAGUGAACUUCGCCGGGAAGAUGGUUUGCAGUAAGAUCAUUGAGAAAAAUGCCAAUCCACAGUGGAAUCAGAGCCUUGUAUUACCGAUCAGGUUUCCAUCCAUGUGUGAGAAGAUGAGAAUCCGGCUCAUUGACUGGGAUCGCUUAACCCACAAUGAUGUGAUUGGCACAACUUACUUAUGUAUGUCGAAAAUCUCUGCCCCAGGAGGAGAGAUUGAAGAUAUUUGCUCAAUGGAGUCUGAACCCAUCGGCGGCUUGGAUGACGGCCUGGGAUACCUCCCGUCCUUUGGACCCUGCUUUAUGAACCUGUACGGCAGUCCCAGAGAGUUCACCGGCUUUCCCGAUCCGUACGUUGACAUGAACCUGGGAAAGAGUGAGGCGAUGGCCUACCGUGGCCGAGUCCUGGUGGAGCUCAGCACCAAACUGGUGGACCAGGCAGAGCAGAAGAUUGAGGAAAUCCCAUCAGAUGACCUCUUGAGAGUCGAGAAACACCUCCGUCGCCGUAAGUUCCACCUGUGUGCCGUCUUCUACUCCGCCACCAUGCUUCAGGAAGUAGGCGAUGCCAUCCAGUUUGAGGUCAGCAUCGGUAACUACGGCAACAAGUUCGAUGCCACCUGUCUGCCCUUGGCCUCCACCACCCAGUACAGCCGGGCAGUGUUCGAUGGUUGCCAUUAUUACUUCCUGCCCUGGGGAAACGUGAAGCCAGUUGUGGUCCUGUCAUCAUACUGGGAGGAUAUCAGCUAUAGAAUCGAUGCGCUGAACAUUCUGCUUAACGCUGUGGAUAGACUUGAGUCCAGACUGGAGCAGGUCCACCUUGCUAUCAAGGCAAAAAGUCCGGACAGCGAAGUGAAGAGAAGAAUUGAUGAACUAAUUGACAUAGUCAUCACCGACUGCAGCCUGCCUCUUCCCAAAGUCCCGGAGAUUCCGUCUGCCACCUGCCUGGACAAUCACAUCUACAGAUUCCGCACGACAAACUUACUUCAGAUCACACAAGCUGCAGAGAAGCUCAAACAUGAAGACAGUCCUGAUCUGCAGCUCACCCUGGACCAGGCCGAGGAUUGGCUUGUUCGACUCAAGAGCAUGGCAGAGGAGCCACAGAACAGUUUACCGGACAUUGUGAUUUGGAAAUUGCAAGGAGACCGGCGAUCCGCCUAUUACCGUAUCCCGGCGCACGAGGUCCUCUAUUCCCGCCGCGCCCCUUACUGUUCCGGGAAAAACUGUGGACAACUUCAAACAAUCUUUUUAAAGCACCCGCGUAAUAGCUCUAAAUUCGAUAAGAUCCCCGGCCAGGUCCGAGUGCGGAUCUGGUUUGGAUUAGCAGCGGAUAACAAGGAAUUUAACCAGUUCACUGAGGGCAAGCUGUCCGUGUUUGCAGAAACGUACGAAAACCAGACCAAGUUGGCCCUGGUCGGGAAUUGGGGCACAACAGGCCUCACCUAUCCCAAAUACUCCGAUGUCACCGGGAAGAUCAAGCUCCCCAAGGAUUCCUUCCGGCCGUCGGCAGGCUGGGCUUGGGCAGGAGACUGGUUCAUCUCUCCUGAGAAAACGUUGCUGUACGAUGUUGAUGCUGGUCACAUGACCUUUGUUGAGGAAGUGUUUGAAAAUCAGGCCCGGUUGCCAGGGGGACAGUGGAUCCAAAUGACUGAGGCCUACACUGACAUAAACGGAGAGAAAAUGUUACCAAAGGAUGAUAUCGAGUGUCCCAUUGGCUGGAAAUGGGAAGAUGUGGAAUGGUCUACUGACCUUAACCGAGCUGUGGAUGAACAAGGCUGGGAGUACGGAUUCACCAUCCCACCCGAUCGGAAACCCAAGUCCUGGGCCCCAGCAGAGAAGAUGUACCACACAAACAGACGGCGCCGUUGGGUCCGAAUGCGCAGGAGGGACCUUCAACAGAUGGACGCACUCCGCAAGACCAAGGCUGAAGAUUUGGAGAUGGAAGGCUGGGAGUAUGCCUCUCUCUUUGGUUGGAAAUUCCACCUGAAACAGAGGAAGACGGAUAGCUUCCGACGUCGGAGAUGGAGACGCCGCAUGGAGCCCCUGGAGAAGGCCGGACCUUCCGCAGUCUUCGCUCUGGAAGGUGCACUGGGUGGUGUCACAGAUGACAAGAGUGAGGAGAAAUCAAUGUCAGCCCUCAAUCUGGGUGUGAAUACACCCACCGUCUCCUGUAUAUUUGACUAUGGAACCAGAUAUCAUCUUCGGUGCUACCUUUAUCAAGCCAGGGAUCUGAUUGCAAUGGACAAGGACAGCUUCUCUGACCCAUACGCCAUUGUCUCAUUCCUGCACCAAAGCCAAGCGACCGUGACAAUGAAAGGCACCUUGAACCCGACCUGGGACCAGACGCUCAUCUUCCAUGAAGUGGAGAUUUUCAGCGAUUCCAACAUCACCACCAAUAACCCUCCGAACAUUGUGGUUGAGUUGUAUGACCACGACACCUAUGGGGCUGAUGAGUUCAUGGGGCGAUGUAUCUGCAGACCAUGCCUUGAACCCUCCCCAAGAUUGGCGUGGUAUCCAGUGAGAAGAGGCAACAGAAAUGCAGGGGAACUGCUGGCUGCCUUCGAGCUCAUUCCACGGGAGAAGCGUACAGUGCACCGCAUUCCGGGUUUGAAGGAGGAAUUUAGCACGCUGAAGGAGCUCCUCGUCCCGGAUUUCCUCUGCGAGGGUCUGCUCCGAUGGGAGGAUGAUACAGACCUGCCUUACCCACCCCCACAGCGGGAACCCAAUAUCUACAUGGUGCCUCAGGGGAUUAAACCCAUUCUGCAACGUACUGCCAUUGAGGUUCUAGCCUGGGGUCUGAGGAACCUGAAGAGCUACCAACUAGCGAGUGUGUCUUCUCCCAGCCUCAUCGUGGAAUGUGGAGGUCAGAUGGUGCAGUCCUCAGUCAUUAAAAAUGCCAAGAAGAACCCAAACUUCAGCACGUCCGUCCUGUUCAUGGAGGUGCGUUUACCAAAAGAGGAGCUGUACUGUCCGCCCAUCACUGUCAAGGUGAUUGAUAACAGGCAGUUUGGAAGACGACCUGUUGUCGGACAGUGCACCAUCAGGUCCUUGGCAGAUUUCUACUGUGAUCCUUACACAGAGAGGAGGGACUCUGCUGCUGCCCUGCGGUCUGAUGAACGAAGUCCCUCAUUCCGGGAUGAUGUGCUGAUUGAUAUCGAUGACAGGCAACCUCUGAUUGCGAGCCAGUUUGCAGGCUGCAUGACCAGCUCAACCUUGAAUAAGUUCCCUUCUAUGUCCAGCCUCCAUGAAGACGAGUUUGUGGAUUGGUGGAGCAAGUUCUACGCAUCAACGGGUGACACCAGCAAAUGUGGGAUGUACCUGGAGAAGGGCUUGGACACGCUUCAGGUCUACAAUGUCGAGCUGGAGAAGGUCGAGGCGUUCGAAGGGUUAACAGAUUUCUGCCGUACCUUCCCUCUGCAUCGUGGGAAGACUCAGGGUGAAGAUGAGGAUCCUUCAGUGGUGGGAGAAUUCAAGGGCAGCUUCAAGAUCUACGCCCUUCCUGAUGACCCCUCACUGCCUAACCCUCCUCAGCAAUUCCACCAACUGCCAGCCAGCGGACUCCAGGAGUGUCUUGUCAGGGUUUAUGUCAUCCAGGCCUUUGGACUUCAGCCGAAGGACUCCAAUGGAAAGUGUGACCCAUACGUGAAGGUUUCUCUGGGCAAGAGGUCCGUCAGUGACCAGGACAACUACAUCCCAUGCACCCUGGAUCCCGAGUUUGGAAGGAUGUAUGAGUUGACUGGAAACCUGCCCAUUGACAAGGACCUGAAGGUCACCCUGUAUGACUAUGAUCUCCUGUCAAAGGAUGAGAAAAUCGGCGAAACUGUGAUUGACUUGGAGAAUCGCUUCCUCUCUCGAUUCGGCGCUCGCUGUGGGUUACCUCAGACCUACUCCAUCUCAGGACCAAACCGAUGGCGUGACCAGCUCAGACCAAGCCAGCUCCUUCACAUCUACGCACAGAGGCAAGGCUACAAGCUCCCUGUGAUCACAGACAGUAAGAUCACAAUGGCAGGAGAGGAGUUCCUUCUGGCAGAUUUCGAGGAUGGGAAGCCCCUCGGCACACACCUCGGACCCCCCGAUGAGCGCCUGGCUUUGUACGUGCUUCACAAACAGGGCCUGGUUCCAGAGCACGUGGAGACGCGAGCGUUAUUCAGCCCACUGCAGCCUGACAUUGAGCAGGGUAAGAUCCAACUUUGGGUAGACAUCUUUCCCAAGUCACUUGGACCCCCAGGACCUCCAUUCAACAUCACCCCUCGCAAAGCGAAACGGUUUUACCUGCGUUGUAUCAUAUGGAACACCAACGAUGUAAUCUUAGAUGACCUGAGUAUAACAGGAGAGAAGAUGAGUGAUAUAUAUGUGAAAGGCUGGCUUGUGGGCUAUGAGGGCAACAAACAGAAGACAGACGUCCAUUACAGGUCGAUGGGUGGAGAAGGAAACUUCAACUGGAGAUUCAUCUUCCCAUUUGAGUAUUUGCCAACCGAACAAGUCUGCUCCAUUGCCAAGAAGGAACAUUUCUGGAGUCUGGAUAAGACGCAAACAAAAAUUGCACCUCAGCUCACCCUCCAGAUCUGGGACAACGAUAAAUUCUCCUUCGAUGACUAUCUGGGGUCGAUUCAGAUGGAUCUCAACAGGAUGCCAAAGCCGGCCAAGUCUCCCGAGAAGUGCGGUCUGAUGGUGCUGGAGAGUGAGAAACAUGUCUCUCUGUUUGAGCAGAAGUCGGUGAAGGGUUGGUGGCCUUGUGCUGCUGAGUCACAUGGAGAGAGGAUCCUUGCUGGCAAAGUGGAGAUGACCCUGGAGAUUGUGACGGAGGAGGAGAACGAGGAACGUCCUGCUGGGCAGGGCCGGGAUGAGCCCAAUAUGAACCCGAAACUGGAGGAACCGAAGCGACCAGACACCUCCUUCCUCUGGUUCACCUCCCCGUUGAAGACCCUGAAGUACAUCGUCUGGAGGAAGUUCCGGUGGGUGAUCCUGGCGUUUUUGGUGUUCCUUAUCCUGAUUCUGUUUAUCGUCAUCUUCCUUUACUCCUUCCCGGAAUAUGCUGCUAUGAAGUUGGUGAAACCUUUCAACUGAGGCCGUCCAGUCGGAAAGGGGCAGGAUGAGGUGGAGGUCCCCAGGCCAAUGCUGUCCACACCUCACCUCCAGUGGGUACCUGUGCUUACAGGGAACAGUAUAGCCUUCCAGCCUCAUGCCCAACGCUUGCAGCCAGUCAUGGGGAGCUAGCUGAUGCCAUUCCCAUCACUGCUUCUACACACUGUCGGUGUUAGACGGAGGUGUUUGCUCACCAACCCUGCUUACUCCGAUCUCUGCUGACUCAUACUCCUCUCCCUCUCUCUCUCUCUCUCUUCCUCCAUGCUUUCUCUCUCUCUCUCUGUGUCUGGCCAAGCUCACAUGUAGCGGCUUCAUCAAAGAGUAAGUGGAUGUUGCAAUUGGAACCAUCUAAUGGCGGAACAGCUGCCUCUUCUGUGUGUACUGUAUGGUUUCUUGGCUUUAGACCUGGGGUUGUUACUUCUAUUGCACUGCGAGAUCCCUCUUCUCCUCCAUUCCCCCCAUCCGACCCUCUGCCUCAAGAUUGGUCUCCCCGCCCGCUGGUGAAAAUCAGACCCUAGUCAAUGACCGGCCAAGGUAGCUGGAGGGUAAUGGGAGUCAGUACCUGAGGUAGCAGCUGGACACCCUUGUCGUUAUGAAACGCGCCUUCCAUCGUCUCCUGCCUUUGGAACCUCGAUGGUACAACAGACAUGAAUGAAGGACUUUUCUGUUAAAGGUGGUGCCUUACACAUAAUGCCCUGUCAAGCCCUUCCAAAGACAUCUCCCACCACGUUCGCUAACAGAUCAAGAAACAGAAUGUUCACCUGCUUUUAUCUGAUCACUGACAUGCCCUCUAUAUCACCAUCUUUUUUAUUCAUUGAUGGGCUGUGGGUGUCGCUGGCUCGUCCAGCGUUUAUUGCCUGUCCCGAAUUGCCCUCGAGAAGGUGCUGGUGAGCUGCCUUCAUUUUUUUUCCGAUUUUUCAGCGAAUCGAUUUUCUUUUGCUUUGAGCCCUGCCCUAAUGACGUUACCAUGUGAGAGAAUGAGCGGUAAAUGGAGCUGAAUCUUUCCCCUCCGACGCUAGUGAAUGGCAAUGUAUUAGCCAUGCAACAUUACAGGACAGUAUUAUAGGAACUGCACUUACUCUGCUCAUAGCCACUGUACAAAACACCGACAUCUCAAUAAUCUGAAACCCUCACUGAGAAAUAACCACUCAGUGGUUAGCACCACUGCCUCACAGCUCCAGGGACCCGGGUUCGAUUCCAGCCUCGGGCGACUGUCUGGGUGUAGUUUGCACAUUCUGCGUGGGUUUCCUCCGGGUGCUCCGGUUUCCUCCCACAGUCCAAAGAUGUGCAGGUCAGGGUGAAUUGGCCAUGGGGAAUACAGGGUUACAGGGAUAGGGUAGGGGAUGAGGGUCUGAUUGGGAUGCUGCUCAGAGGGUGCUUGUGUCUGAAUGGCCUGUUUCCACACAGUAGGGAUUCAAUGAAAAUAUCACCCUAGGGCCUGGAGAUCUCUCUCCACACUGGGGCCUGGAGAUCUCCCUCUACACUGGGGCCUGGAGAUCUCCCUCCACACUGGGGCCUGGAGAUCUCUCUCCACACUGGAGCCUGGAGAUCUCUCUCCACACUGGGGCCUGGAGAUCUCCCUCUACACUGGGGCCUGGAGAUCUCCCUCCAUACUGGGGCCUGGAGAUCUCCCUCCACACUGGGGCCUGGAGAUCUCUCUCCACACUGGAGCCUGGAGAUCUCCCUCCACACUGGGGCCUGGAGAUCUCCCUCCACACUGGGGCCUGGAGAUCUCUCUCCACACUGGAGCCUGGAGAUCUCCCUCCACACUGGGGCCUGGAGAUCUCUCUCCACACUGGGGCCUGGAGAUCUCCCUCUACACUGGGGCCUGGAGAUCUCCCUCCACACUGGGGCCUGGAGAUCUCUCCACACUGGGGCCUGGAGAUCUCUCCACACUGAACCCUGGGAUCUGGUGAUCUCCCUCUCCUCCCUGAGACUUGGCGAUUUCCCUCCACCCUGGGGUCCGGAGAGCCCUCUCCAUCUUGGGGCCUAGAGAUCUCCCUCCACCUGGGGCCUGGUGACCACUCUCCAUCCUGAGACCUGGUGAUCUCCCUCCACACUGAGACUUGGCGAUCACCCUCCAUCCUGGGGCCUAGAGAUCUCCCUCCACACUGGGUCCUGGAGAUCUCCCUCUACACUGGGGCCUGGAGAUCUCUCUCCACACUGGGGCCUGGAGAUCUCUCUCCACACUGGGUCCUGGAGAUCUCCCUCUACACUGGGGCCUGGAGAUCUCCCUCCACACUGGGGCCUGGAGAUCUCCCUCCACACUGGGGCCUGGAGAUCUCCAUCCUGGGGCCUAGAGAUCUCCCUCCACACUGGGUCCUGGAGAUCUCCCUCUACACUGGGGCCUGGAGAUCUCCCUCUACACUGAGGCCUGGAGAUCUCCCUCUACACUGGGGCCUGGAGAUCUCCCUCUACACUGGGGCCUGGAAUCUCUCUCCACACUGGAGCCUGGAGAUGCCCAAAAUAAGGUGUCUUUUUUUUUUGCAGAUAUAAAACCUGCCGUAGUAAUGCAAUAUCUUUCUGGUCUAUACAAAGAAACCCUUUCAAUUCUUGGAGAAAUCCCGAAUGAAGUAGGAACUGCCUAAACGUUAGCAUUAGACUUUCAGGAGAGGAGUCAGGAAGGAUGGAACUUGCUGUAUAGUGAGAUAUGUUAACAAAGAGUAAUGCCUUGCCCCUCGUCAGGACCAAUGCAAAAAUUCCAAAUGUCAGUCUCUACACUUUAUGCUGUGGGAGGAUAAACGAUGGUCAAGCUAACUCUGAUUGGUUGAGAUAUUGCUAUGGAGAAAAUGAAAGCAGAUUCCAAGUUCCUGGAUAAUUCAAGGGUUAGUAGAGAAUGAAUCCCUGUGUAGAUAAGUGUGAGCCUGGGUGAACCACAUGGGGAGCUGUCUGGUCAAUGCAUUGGGCCAGUGGACUGUGGAACCAAAAUCUUCCGAAACUUAUUUUUCUCUCCAGCAAUACUUGACUUGUCCCUCAAUCCAUGGAGAAGGAGUCUGGCACUCUCUAUCCCGAUAAAAUUUAUGGAUAUCAUGUUCAUUGACACAUGGAAGAUUGAGAUCGAAAUGGCUUUUUGUUCAGCAAGGGGUAAGGGGCAAGGAUGUGUAAAUGAGGUUGGGAUGAUCGAACAGAAUAUAGCGUAAAUGAGAUGCUGAAUGGUCCUGUGUCCCUAUAUCCCCCACCGUAUCCGCCUUGUCACACAGUCCUCCUUGGGGUGGGCAGAAGCAUGAGAGGGGAAUGCUCUGAGUGUUGGUUGAUGUGAAGAAAUAACUGAUUUUGUUGUUGGUUUUGCAAGAAUAUGAAGCUUGACAUGUUUG